UGUUAAAUGCAGUCGCAGUCAAGCGAUGAACUUACUCCGAUUGAGAAUAACAUUCCACCGAGCCCAAAAGAGAAUUUUAAUGAGCGAGAAUUCCAAAAGAACAACAAGUUUAAAGUUGAUUUCAAGCCAAAGGGAAAUCAUAGUCAAGAAGAAAGUGCAGGGAAGGUUCCUUUAAAUUAUCGCGAUCAAAUUGUUGGCGGCAGUAAAGCAAAGAAAGGACAAUUCCCGUGGCAGGUUCUUAUUACCAUCGAUAAAAGGUACACGUGUGGUGGAUCUUUGAUCGACCCUCUUUGGGUUUUGACGGCGGCCCAUUGCUGCUACAGUUUCAACACUUUUAUGGCGAGCGUGGGUCUUGUGAACCGAACAGUAAAUGAGUCGAGCAGAGUUGACGUUGACGUUCAGUCAGUUAACAUCCACCCGAAUUACGACAGUGACUUCUUGACUGCGGAUAUUUGUCUUUUGAAACUCCAAAAGGCUCUUAAUACAUCCGGUCCUUUCGUCACCACUGUCCGUCUGCCCAAAAUUUCUGACGCGACUAAAUCUUUGGUUAAAGUCACUGGAACAAUCAGUGGCUGGGGGAAGACGUCAGACGAAAACGGGCCGAGCGACGUUCUGAAAUAUGUUUCAAGGACCGUGAUCGACAACAAGGAGUGCGCCAAGAACUAUGGAGAUAUCACGGUCAAUGGAAAUCUUCUCUGCAUAAAUAACAAAGACAAGCAAGGCACCUGCCAAGGAGACAGUGGCGGACCAUUUGUGAGGACUGAGCCUGACAACAAGUUCACUCAGAUUGGCCUUGUUUCCUUUGGAUCAUCCGUGUCGUGUGUCACGUACCCUAGCGGCUUCACAAGGGUCUCUGCGUAUAUAGGAUGGAUCAGCACCGUCACCGGCCUGAAAAUGAGGAACUAGAGCCUUCGUUCAAUCUACCAUGAAUUAGAUUAAAUAUAUAAAUAAACGCAAUUUAUUCCUUAUUAAAAAUUAUGAAAAAAAUAAAGGUUUUUGACAGGGCAAAAGGUACAUAGAAUUUUUAAAAUACAGUUUUGACGCUAAUGUAUGUAUAAAAUAAAUCA